AUGGACUUACACCGGGCAGCCUUCAAGAUGGAGAACUCAUCCUACCUCCCCAACCCGCUGGCCUCCCCGGCACUGAUGGUCCUGGCGUCCACAGCCGAGGCCAGCCGCGAUGCCUCCAUCCCUUGUCAGCAGCCACGGCCCUUCGGGGUACCGGUCUCGGUAGACAAGGACGUGCAUAUUCCAUUCACCAACGGUUCCUACACCUUCGCCUCGAUGUACCAUCGGCAGGGUGGGGUGCCUGGCACUUUUGCCAAUCGAGAUUUCCCCCCUUCUCUAUUACACCUCCACCCCCAGUUCGCUCCCCCAAAUCUAGAUUGCACUCCAAUCAGCAUGCUGAACCACAGCGGGGUGGGGGCCUUCCGCCCCUUUGCUUCCACUGAGGACAGGGAGAGCUACCAGUCAGCCUUCACGCCAGCCAAGAGACUGAAGAACUGCCAUGACACAGAGUCUCCCCACUUGCGCUUCUCAGAUGCAGAUGGCAAGGAAUAUGACUUUGGGACCCAGCUGCCAUCUAGUUCCCCCGGUUCCCUCAAGGUCGAUGACACUGGGAAGAAGAUCUUUGCUGUCUCAGGCCUCAUCUCAGACCGAGAAGCCUCAUCUAGCCCAGAGGACCGGAAUGACAGAUGUAAGAAAAAGGCAGCCGCAUUGUUUGACAGCCAGGCCCCUAUUUGCCCCAUCUGCCAGGUCCUGCUGAGGCCCAGCGAGCUGCAGGAGCAUAUGGAGCAAGAACUGGAACAGCUGGCCCAACUGCCCACCAGCAAGAAUCCCCUUCUGAAGGAUGCCACGGCCCCAGGUACUCCCAAGUCCCUCCUGCUGUCUGCUUCCAUCAAGAGAGAAGGCGAGUCUCCGACAGCAUCCCCACACUCCUCCGCCACCGACGACCUGCACCACUCGGACAGAUACCAGACCUUCCUGCGAGUGCGAGCCAACCGGCAGACCCGACUGAAUGCUCGGAUUGGGAAAAUGAAACGGAGGAAGCAAGAUGAAGGGCAGAGGGAAGGCUCCUGCAUGGCUGAGGAGGAUGCUGUGGACAUCGAGCAUGAGAACAGCAACCGCUUUGAGGAGUAUGAGUGGUGUGGGCAGAAACGGAUACGGGCCACCACUCUCCUGGAAGGUGGUUUCCGAGGCUCUGGCUUCGUCAUGUGCAGCGGCAAAGAGAAUCCGGACAGUGACGCUGACUUGGAUGUGGAUGGGGAUGACACUCUGGAGUAUGGGAAGCCACAAUACACGGAGGCUGACGUCAUCCCCUGCACAGGCGAGGAGCCUGGUGAAGCCAAGGAGAGAGAGGCACUCCGGGGUGCAGUCCUAAAUGGCGGCCCUCCCAGCACGCGCAUCACACCUGAGUUCUCUAAAUGGGCCAGUGAUGAGAUGCCGUCUACCAGCAACGGGGAGAGCAGCAAGCAGGAGGCCAUGCAGAAGACCUGCAAGAAUAGUGACAUCGAGAAAAUAACCGAAGAUUCAGCUGUGACCACGUUUGAGGCCCUGAAGGCUCGGGUCAGGGAACUCGAACGGCAGCUAUCCCGUGGGGACCGCUACAAAUGCCUCAUCUGCAUGGACUCAUACUCAAUGCCCCUAACGUCCAUCCAGUGUUGGCAUGUGCACUGCGAGGAGUGCUGGCUGCGGACCCUGGGCGCCAAGAAGCUGUGCCCUCAGUGCAACACCAUCACAGCGCCGGGAGACCUGCGGAGAAUCUACUUGUGA